AUGCGCUCAGGGCCGCGGCAACUUAGCGUGUCAGAACGCACCGUAGUGGGCAUGUUCAAUGAAGACCCCUUGCAGCCGGUGACCUCAGAUGAGACGGUGUCCGUCGGGGGCACGGUGACACUGACCUGCCGGGUGGCUGAGAGUGACAACUCCUCCCUGCAAUGGUCCAACACUGCACAGCAGACCCUGUACUUUGGAGAGAAAAGAGCGCUGAGAGAUAACCGCAUCCAGCUGCACCGCUCGACACCAACCGAGCUUUCCAUCACCAUCGCUGAGGUGCAGCUGUCUGACGAGGGCGAGUACACCUGCUCCAUCUUCACCAUGCCGGUCCGCACCGCCCGAGCCACCGUCACCGUGCUAGGUGUGCCCGGUAAACCUCAGAUCUUGGGCUUUGAGAAUGCAGUGCCAGAGGGGGACACAGUCACCCUGACCUGCACCAGCACUGGUAGCAAACCCCCCGCCAGGCUGCGCUGGUAUCGAGGAGACCAGGAGCUGGAAGGACGCCCAGACGUGGUGGUGUCCGUUCCAGACGAACCCACAUACAACGUGAGCAGCGAGCUCACCCUGAAGGUGAGCCGCAGCGACGACAACGCCCUCAUCACCUGCGCCGUCGACCAUCCCUCUCUCGCCCCGGGGGACAAGAGGAGCGAGCAGGCCCUGCGGGUGUUGUAUUCCCCAAACGUUCAGAUCCUGCCCGAGAGCGAUCUGCCCAGAGAGGGAGAGAAAUUUCAUCUUCAGUGUUUGGGCGAGGGCAACCCCGAGCCCACCUCCUACACGUGGGAGAAGAAGGACGGAGAGCUCCCCCCGCUGGCCAAAGUCGACGUUGCGUUCUUGCACUUCGAAAUGCUCAACAAAUCAGAUAAUGGCGUCUACCUCUGCAACGCUGACAACGGCAUUGGAAACAGCCAGGGGGAGUACACACUCCUGGUGCAAGACCCCACAGCCAUGUCGACCUCCUCGGGGGUGGACCACGCCGUGAUCGGAGGGGUGGUAGCUGUUAUUGUCUUCAUCCUGCUCUGCCUCCUCAUCGUCCUCGGCAGAUACCUCAUCAGACACAAAGGAACGUAUCUGACCCACGAGGCGAAGGGCUCGGACGACGCCCCCGACGCCGACACGGCCAUCAUCAACGCAGAGGGAGGCCACUCCGGAGCAGAGGACAAGAAGGAGUACUUCAUCUAGACAGAGGACGGAGCGGUGGAGGAAAGGAGCGGGAGGAAGAGGAGGAGA